UUAGAUUUCAACAGUACCACCAAGUUUUUUCAGUGUGCACUGAUUUGUUCGAUCUGUGCACCAUGAUUCUCGCUGAUUUAAAAAUACUGCUGAUCUCAGCCCUUUUCUUCGGACCUUUGUACGCUGAUGAAGAGAUAACCAUAGAGAUUUCAGAUGGAAAAAUAAAGGGGAAAGCUCUUACCACUAUCAAUAAUACCCCGUUUUACUCGUUUCAAGGUAUCCCUUAUGCCCAACCCCCCAUAGACGCUCUAAGAUUCCAGGCUCCCGUUCCCCUCGAACCUUGGGACGACGUUGUGGAUGCAACCUACGAAAAAAAUAUUUGUUACCAAGUUCCAAAUGAUUCUGAUGAUGAAAGUGAGGAUUGUCUCUUCAUCAACGUAUUCACCCCUACGGAACCUUCUUCUGGAGCUGGUCUACCAGUUAUGUUCUUCAUCUAUGGAGGAGGAUUCGUUGAAGGAUCUUCGGCAGAAAUUAACUACGGACCACAUCAUUUCAUGGAUUAUGGAGUUAUUCUUGUAACCUUCAAUUACAGAGUCGGACCUUUCGGUUUCUUCUCCACUGGUGAUGAUGCGAUUCCUGGAAAUGCGGGCUUGAAGGACCAAAAUCUGGCUCUGCACUGGGUCCAAAAAAACAUCGAAUACUUCGGUGGCGACCCAACCAAAGUAACUAUUUUCGGUGAAAGUGCUGGAUCAGCCUCAGUUGGCUAUCAGAUCUUGAGCCCUCUCUCGAAAGGUUUGUUCAGAGCAGCAAUAGGCGAAAGUGGUUCUCCUCUAAGCGCUUGGGCCUACCAGAGAAACCAAAUCCAAAUCACUUAUCAAACUGCUGGCUAUAUCAAUCCAGACAUUGCAAACGCUUCUUCCAGCGAGCUUCUCGAUUACCUUUUGAAUCUUCCAGCGAAGGAUAUUGACGCUGCGUCACACACCCAGGCUAGUAACGAAAAUGCUCAAUAUCAGCAAAUUCAGCAAGGAUUCUACUACGCUCCAGUUAUAGAGCAUGAUCACGAAGGUGCUUUCAUUACCGAGAGAAUGCUUGAGAUUCUCAGAAAAGGAGAUUUUAAUAAAGUACCACUUCUAAUCGGCUUUAACAGUGAAGAGUCCUACUUUUACCAUGACAGUGCAGAGAACCUCGCUUACCUUGCUACCGAAUUCGACAAAAAUAAUUCUCUCUUGGUCCCACACGACAUGCACAUCACUCAAGAAAGCACUAGGGAGUUCGCUGCCAGGGAUAUAAACCAGUUCUAUGUUGGCGACGGUACUUUUGCGGAAGACAAUUUGAAACUUAUCAGCUAUUUUAGUGAUCAAUCUUUCAUUCGAUCCAUCAUCAAACACGCUACGAUUCAGUCGUCUUUCUCGACUGUCUACUUCUACAAGUUUUCCUACAGUGGAGUCAUCGCGGGAUACGUACAAGAACCAGUUGAAGGUUUCUCGGACACUGUAAGACACGGAGAAGAGCUAUCCUACAUUUUCAGACGCAACUAUGUAGGACUGAAUACAACAGACAUCACCAAAUUCCCUGAACAGGACCAAACAGUCUUCAAGAGGUUUAUCACCUUCUUCACUAACUUCGCCAAAACAUUGGAUCCAACUCCCGAAGAAGAUACACUACUAGAAAAUAUCAUUUGGCCGAAAGUUAACGUUACCGAUUUCGCGUACUUGGACAUAGGAUCCUAUUCUGAAGUUAAAUUCCACCCCAGGGAACCAAACUACCAUGAAUGGGAGGCCAUUUACUACAAAUAUGGCGUUCCCCCUUACGAUACCUACUAGAUUAUUUUUGAAGAUGUUUUCAGUGAAUAAAUUAUAUUAAAAAAAGCAUACAUAAUAUUUCAUAAAA